AUGGAAGGUGGAGGAGAAGGAAAUAGUAAGAAGGAGGAAAAUAAGCUGCCACCAGGAUUCAGGUUUCAUCCAACAGAUGAAGAGCUCAUCUCUUUCUACCUGGUUAACAAAAUCUCAGAUGCCAACUUCGCCUGCCGCGCUGUCGCCGACGUCGAUCUCAACAAGUCUGAGCCUUGGGACCUUCCAGGGAAAGCGAAGAUGGGAGAAAAAGAGUGGUAUUUCUUCAGCCUGAGGGAUCGGAAAUACCCGACCGGGGUGAGAACGAACCGAGCGACGAACACGGGGUACUGGAAGACGACGGGGAAAGACAAAGAAGUGUUCAACAGCCUGAGCUCGGAGCUGGUGGGAAUGAAGAAGACGCUGGUUUUCUACAGAGGGAGAGCCCCCAGAGGUGAAAAAUCCAACUGGGUCAUGCAUGAAUAUCGCACCCAUUCUAAAGCCUCCUUAAUCAGACCUGCCAAGGAUGAAUGGGUGGUUUGCCGGGUGUUUCAGAAGAGCACUGGUGGAAAGAAGUAUCCCACAGGCCAGUCAAGUAGAGCACCCAAUAUUCCAUACAACCUUGAAAUUGGCCCGAGUGUUCUACCACCCCAAAUGAUGCAAACAGACAAUGCUCAAUUCUCCAUGGGAAGAAACUACAUGAGUGCUGCAGAACUAACAGAGCUCACUAGGGUUUUGAGAGGUGGAUCCACCACUGGUAUGACCUUUCCAAACCAAUCCCCAUUUAGCUACCCACCAGCAGCAGGAGGAUCCUUCACCGUAUCUGGACUAAACCUAAACCUUGGAGGUGCAGCAGCAACCACCCAACAAGCCUUUCGACUGAUGCAGCCGCCGCCACAACCACCAAUGAAUCAACAUGAUGUGACUUCUUCUAUGCUCACCACUUGCUCUCUUGCCACCGAGACUGGUUAUGGUGUCGACAUGAAUAAUGCAAGUGGACCGAGCAGUAGGUUUGUGAACAUGGAGCCAUGUAUGGAUUUGGAUAAUUAUUGGCCUCCAUAUUAA